AUGCCAUCAAUUGAUAAUUCAUUUCUUAUGAAUCAUACUUGUCUUCGUAUUAAAGACCCAAAAGUAUCAAUUCCAUUUUAUACCAAUAUUCUUGGAUUUAAAUUAAUUGAUACUUUUAAAUUUAAUGAUUUUACAUUAUAUAUGUUAAAUUUUGAAAAUUCAACCAAUAAGGAUUUGAAUUGGUCAGCAAGAGAAGGUGUUUUAGAAUUAUGUCAUAAUCAUGGAGUUGAAAAUGAUGAUACAUAUACUCUUAAUAAUGGGAAUGAAGAAACCUUUAGAGGAUUUGGACAUAUUUGUCUUUCAGUUGAUAAUAUUCAAGUUGCUGAACAACAUUUUAUUGAUAGUGGAGUUAAAUUUAAGAAGAAGUUAACUGAUGGUAGACAAAAGAAUAUUGCUUUUGCUUUAGAUCCUGAUGGAUAUUGGAUUGAAUUGGUUGAAAACGGUGAAGGUAAAGUUGAAUCCCAAACCAAUUCAACCAGUUAUAAAUUCAAUCAUUCAAUGAUUAGAGUUAAAGAUCCUGUUAAAUCCCUUGAAUUCUAUAGAAACGUUUUAGGUUUAAAAUUAUUACAUACAAAGAAAUUCGAAGGACCAAAAUUCACUCUUUACUUUUUAGGUUAUGAACAUGAUCCAUCCUUUGUUGAAGAUAGUUUAGAAUCAUUUCAAAAUAGACAAUCACUUUUAGAAUUAACUCAUAAUUGGGGUACUGAAUCAGAUCCAACUUUUGAAGGAUAUCAUAAUGGUAAUAGUACUGAAAAUGGGGCUAAACAAGGAUUUGGUCAUAUUUGUGUUAGUUGUAAAGAUCCUGCUAAAUUUUGUGAAGAAGUUGAUCAAGAAUUUGGUGAUAAGAUUGAUUGGUCAUUAAGAUGGGAUCAAGGUAAAAUUAAGAAAAUUGCUUUUAUUAGAGAUCCGGAUGGAUAUUCAACUGAAAUCUUAGGACAUGAUUUAAUCCCAAAGCUUUAG